ACAACUCCAAACGUUAACUAUGGCUGAUUCACAGGGAAAGUGCUGCGAGGCUGCUAACUGCAACUGCGUCAACUGCAAAUGCGGUGACCAGUGCAACUGCAAGGACAACUGCGAAUGCGCCAAGGGCUGCAAAUGUACAGACUGCAAGUGCAACCCUUGCACCUGCGGCAGCAGGUGCAGCGACAAGUGCAAGUGUGCCGACUGCAAGUGCGGCUCCGACUGCAACUGUGCAGGUAGCUGCGACUGCAGUAAAGGUUGCAAGUGCGAUCCUUGCAAGUGCACCAAAUGCACCUGCGGCAAGUGAGGCGACUUCUGAACGAAUCGCAACCACGGAGCAGAAAAUAAAUCUAUAAAUCAUGCAUCGAUAAAUGAUUCGCGUGUAGAAAAUCGUGUUUAUCUCGUACGUUUUCAAUUUCCAUGAACGUCUUAUGUUAUGAAUGUACAUUAAUAACGUAACGUACAUGAAAUCUUAUCGAGUAUACUGAGAUGUUCAUUCGACGUUCUACUAACUGCGAGAUCUAAUGAUUUGUUUUCAAAGCCAUUAUUUGUGCAGAAUACUGCCGCGCAUGAGUACAAUGGUUGUAUUCAAUGUAUUGAGUAGUGUAAAUAAAUUGUUGUAAUUAUAAUUUUA